GCAGUUGCACGGCGGGAAAAGUUGAGCGGCGGAUCGUCUGCCUUCGCUGUUGUCAUAGGAAAGAUGUUUUACAGCCAGACCAUACUGUGUCGACGUGGGAGGUUUGGCAUCAUAUGGAUGGAGGCAACUGGAGUUCGAAAACUACCCAGACGACAAAUCAUGAGUGUGAAUAUUAUACGGACAUGCAGAGACAUUCUGGAGAAAAUUCCCACCAAAGUGCCGCGAGUUCCGCGGGAAGGGGAGUUGCCUCAGACCUUUUCCCUCUACCUUUCCGCGCAGCUGAUGUUUGGCACAGUGUGCGUCUACAAGAAGCAACAGGAGUACCUGCUUGUGGACGCAACUUCCUUCAGGACGCGCAUUCGACUGGAACUCAGCAGCGCCAUAGCCGACAACGAUCUUGUGUCAGUAGCAAAACCAGACCAGAUCACGAUGCCAGAUCCAGUGAAAAUGGCGGGGCCAAAGCAGAGUGGCUUCGAUCCAUACUUUGGGCUCUUCAAAGAUAUUGACGUAGAGAACGUGCAACUGCCGGAGGUGCAGGGAGUGGAUGAAGGAGAAGAGGAGAUUCCAGAGCAAGAACAAACAAUGUCACUUCCUUUAGCCGGUCAAGUGUUUCGACCAGAAUUUGGAAGUCCCCAUACAGUUUCUAGUAUGGAGGAGAUCACCAUGAAGGAAGUUUCAGAACAAAGGGGCCUGUUUGAAACAGAGAUUCCAGGAGAGAAAGACCUUCCACCUCUUGAAGGUCUAGAACUUCAAGCUCUGACGGAGGAAUAUAUGCAAGCAGAACUGAGUCCCGAGGCUCCUGAAAAAAUCUAUCCUAUGGAACGGACGCCUCGAGCUAGUUCCCCUCCCCGUGAAGAAAGACAGCCAAGGGAACACAGAAAACGACGGGAUGUCGCAGACAAAGAAUCUGCUUAUGUGUUACCCAAAAGGCUAUUCAGAGAAGAGGACCUGAGUAUGGUGCUGCCACCAGCGGAGGCGAUCCGUCGUCGACGACGUCGUCACAGGUACCUCAGAAUCGACAAAGAAACGCAGAUGUCGAAAGAACAGCUCCGACACAACAUGCAGACAGGCCACACAACAUGUCGUGCGUUUAUCCUUCCUAUGCCCAUGCCAUCCGAUCCCACCAAGCUUCUAAAGCGCCCAGGCUCUGACGCCUUGUGGAAGGAGAAAACACUGCUAAACUUAUGGGAACGAAACUGCAGAGAAGGCAUGUCGGAAACGGAAUCAGACAAAGAUCGACCCAUCUGGAGCGUACCUGAAUUGCUAGCCAGAAGAGCAAGGACAGAAGAGCUGCCAGAGGAAGGUUCACAGGUAUUAUCAGAAGAAGACAGAGGACUAGCUCUACAGAUCCCAGAAGUGGAAGAGCGCAGAGCUCAAAGGCCGUCAAUUGAGAUUCCUCGCGAGAUUUCACUGUCUCGCAGCAUGACACAACUAGCCAUGGAAAUCAGUUCUGUUCGUGACGAGAGCAAAGAGGAAUCUCUCAGCAUGUCUAGAAGGACUCGCGGUCUAGAAGGCUUGAGCCCCAGACUAGACACAUCUCCUCUAAGUGCAAGUGCAAGGCUACCCAGUGGAGAGCAGAUCUCAAGAAUGGGUAAAAUGGAGGAGCUGGAGGUGUUGCCCGAGGAAAUGGAACCGGGUUUCCACAGCCCACCGUCAGCUCAAACUUCAGUUGAGUCUGACAUAGCUUCUGCUCAAGAACCUGUCAAGCAGAGAGUUUUCAGGAUUUGUCACGAGCUGUCAGAGAGGGAACUGUGGACAACCUUUCGUAGCGUGUGCCCGACUUCCAUGACGCGCAAACAAGUGGCGCAGCAUUUCUACGCAUUACUGGAGCUCGUCAAAAUGGAGGAGCUGCAUGUCAGGCAAACAGAGCCUUAUGGGCCCAUUUAUAUCAGCACACAUCGACAAAACCUACCUUAGGAGAGUCCGAUGUUCUGCCUUAAUGCCGUCUCUCCUGUUAGAUUGUCAGGACAACUCUGAGUUUAUUCUGAAUUUUCUUUCCAUGUUCCUGAAUUGUGCAGAUUUUUUUAUAUUAAUUAUUCAGUUCUUCCACUAAAUGUUGUAAAAUUAUAGCAAAAUUCAGACAGUUGAAGAACAAAUGGAGUCGAAAAGAUCCAGAACUGUGAAAACUGUCAUUAAUUAUUUCUUCACUUUUUUAAAGAUUACUGGAUUGUGCGCGUGGCUAAGUUAUUUGCCAUAAAUUAUUCGCAGGCUUUGCUAUGAUUUUUAAUAGUAAUCAAAUAAUAUAAAACUUUGAACCUACCUGCGAUUGAGACAGUAGGCAAAGCAAUCAGUGUCAGAUAUUUCUAUCACAUUUGGUGACGGAGAGUAGAACACAUUUUGAAAGAGUUUAAGCGAAAGAAAGUGUUUGGCUGUUAUUCAGGAGAUUAAACUAUGUGAAGUUAGAUCCGCAUUUAGGGUUUUUGUAAGCUGUUUUUCUUACCUGGAGGAAAGUAUUUACCCGUGCCUAUAUAAGCAUCUUUUUAUCCCAUCUAUUCAUGUCGACUUGUAGGGCGAACUUGUGUGUGUGUAAGUGUGUGCAUGCGUAUGUUCUUGUGCCCUUGUGUAUAUGCACAUCUGUUAGCAGGAAAUCUUCAACCAACCAAUAUUUAACCGUUACAUUUUAUGAAUUUUGAAUUGUGUUAUGAAAGGAUUUUUAAUACUGUUAUGAUUCUGCAGUAUUUUUGCAGGUUUGUUAUCGUGUAUUCAUUAUAUUGAAUACUUCCAAGAAAGCCACAACUCGUUACCUGUACUGUCCGUAGAAAUGGGGCCAAUUUUAAUACUUCCAGCGAAAACAAAUCGAUAUAAAAACUAAAUUUACAGAAAUUUAAACGUUUUCGCAUUUAAACGGCUUCUUAAAUCGUCAUUUAUUUACUAGUACUUCCGGUAAGCAACCAUAGACCUCAAAGCAGUAGAUGUCACAAAGCAAUGCGGGUACUCCAAUGGCUAUCGAUCAUGUGUAUACGUUGUCAAGAGACAGAUAAAACUUGUCAAAAGUCGUUAAAUUUGUUUUGGAUUAAACAUUUUA